GUGUGAAGAAGCAGCGAGAACGACCCCGGGGACGGACCCGAGCCCCGCACUGCUGCAGCCCCGAGUUCAGCGCCGACGUGUCCCGCCAUGCCCAAAAGAAAGGCUGAAGGGGAUACUAAAGGAGAUAAAGCCAAGGUGAAGGACGAGCCACAGAGAAGAUCGGCAAGGUUGUCCGCUAAACCUGCACCUCCAAAGCCAGAGCCCAAGCCUAAAAAGGCCCCUGCAAAGAAGGGAGAGAAGGUACCCAAGGGGAAGAAGGGGAAGGCCGAUGCUGGUAAGGAUGCCAAUAAUCCUGCAGAGAAUGGAGACGCCAAAACAGACCAGGCACAAAAAGCUGAAGGUGCUGGAGACGCCAAGUGAAAUGUGUGCGUUUUUGAUAACUGUGUACUUCUGGUGACUGUACAGUUUGAAAUACUAUUUUUUA